AUGGCAUCUAAGAAAAGUUUAUCCGUACAAGAAGCUCUGGCUCUAUUGGAAGAGUUGUCAGAUGAUGAGGACUUCCUGAAUGCUGACAUAAUUAUUUCUCCACCUGAGAAUGAAAACUUAACAGACGAAGAUAGUGGAGCAGAGGAUAAUAUAAGUGAUAAACCGCAUCAACAACAACAGCAGCAACAAGUAGAGGAACCAGGACGAUUCAAGCGGUCGCCAAAAGCACAGCAGCAGCAACAACAACAGCAGCAACAAGUACAAGCACAAGAGCAAGAUAACAAGAGACCUUCCAAAAGGUCGCCACAGGAACAGCAGCAGCAACAAGUAGAGGAACCAGGACGAUUCGAACGAUCGGCAAAAGAACAUCAGCAGCAACAGCAAGAACAACAAAUAGAAGAAAGAACACGAUUUGAGAGGUCUUCACAAGAACUGCAACAGCAACAACAAGAAGAACAACAAGUACAAGAGCAGGAAAAUAAGGGUCGCUCUCAACGAUCGCCACAAGUGCGUACAGGGCAAUCUCCUUGUAUUCAAGGAGAGACGGGACGAUGUAAACGCUCUCCACAAGAACAACAGCAGCAGCAACAGCAAGUAGAAGAGCGAGCACGAUUGGAACGGUCGCCACAAUCACAGCAACAACAACAACAAGAGCAGCAACAAAUACAAGAACAAGAGCAGGAAAUCAAGGGACGUUCUGUACGAUCGCCACAAGAACAGCAGCAGCAGCAACAACAACAGCAGCUGCAAGUAGGAGAAAGAGAACGAUUUGAGCGGUCCCCACAGGAACAGCAGCAGCAACAGCAACAGCAGCAAGAAGUAGAGGAACCAGGACGAUUCAAACGAUCGCCACAAGCACAGCAGCAGCAACAACAGCAGCAGCAACAAGUACAAGAUCAAGAGCAGGAAAACAACGCACGUUCUGUACGAUCACCACAAGAACAGCAGCAGCAACAACAACAGCAGCAACAAGUACAAGCACAAGAGCAGGAUAACAAGAGACCUUCCAAAAGGUCGCCACAGGAACAGCAGCAGCAACAAGUAGAGGUACCAGGACGAUUCGAACGAUCGGCAAAAGAACAUCAGCAGCAACAGCAAGAACAGCAAAUAGAAGAAAGAACACGAUUUGAGCGGUCUUCACAAGAACUCCAACAGCAACAACAAGAAGAACAACAAGUACAAGAACAAAAGCAGGAAAAUAAGGGUCGCUCCCAACGAUCGCCACAAGUGCGUACAGGGCAAUCUCCUUGUAUUCAAGGAGAGACGGGACGAUGUAAACGCUCUCCACAAGAACAACAGCAGCAGCAACAGCAAGUAGAAGAGCGAGCACGAUUGGAACGGUCGCCACAAUCAGAGCAACAACAACAACAAGAGCAACAACAAAUACAAGAACAAGAGCAGGAAAUCAAGGGACGUUCUGUACGAUCGCCACAAGAACAGCAGCAGCAGCAACAACAACAGCAGCUGCAAGUAGGAGAAAGAGAACGAUUUGAGCGGUCCCCACAGGAACAGCAGCAGCAACAGCAACAGCAGCAAGAAGUAGAGGAACCAGGACGAUUCAAACGAUCGCCACAAGCACAGCAGCAGCAACAACAGCAGCAGCAACAAGUACAAGAUCAAGAGCAGGAAAACAACGGACGUUCUGAACGAUCACCACAAGAACAGCAGCAGCAACAGCAAGAGCAGGUAGAAGAAAGAGGACGAGUUGAACGGUCACCCCAAGCACAGCAACAGCAGCAGCAAGUAGAAGAAAGAAGACGAUUUGAGCGGUCCCCACAGGAACAGCAGCAGAAACGGCAACAUCAGCAACAAGUAGAUGAACCAGGACGAUUCAAACGGUCGCCACAAGAACAACAGCAGCAACAAGUACAAGAUCAAGAGCAGGAAAACAACGGACGUUCUGUACGAUCACCACAAGAACAGCAGCAGCAGCAGCAACAGCAAGAGCAGGUAGAAGAAAGAGUACGAGUUGAACGAUCACCCCAAGCACAGCAACAGCAAGUAGAAGAAAAAAGACGAUUUGAGAGGGCUCCACAAGAACAGCAGCAGCAACAACAAGAACGGCAACAAGUACAACAACAAGAGCAGGAAAAUAAGGGACGUUUUCAACGAUCGCCACAAAUCCGUACAGGGCAGCCACCUUGUAUUCAAGGAGAGACAGAACGAUGUAAACGGUCCACACAAGAACAACAGCAACAGCAACAAGUGUAA